CCUCAACACCUUAAACAUACCAAACCAACCCAUUCUCCACUCUUCAUAGCUAAAACCAGUAAAACCAUGGAUUGCAAGCUCAUGUCAUUUCUCUACCUGUUCUCUCUCCUGCUCUUCCUCUGCUGUCCAUCUCAUGCAGACCUAUCUCCAUCCAUCACCCCGAUCGCUCCCGACACCGCCUGUAAUUCUACCCCUUAUCCCUACUUCUGCAUUUCUGUCCUCCCCCAUGAUGGUGAAUCCAAUCUCUACGACUAUGGCCGCUUCUCCAUCCGUCACUCUCUAUCUGCUGCAAGAAAGUUCACCAAGCUCAUUGACCAUUAUCUCAAGCAACGGUCCACAUUGUCCGAAACCGCCAUCCGGGCUCUCGAAGAUUGCCGCCUUCUAUCUAGCCUAAAUAAAGAUUUCUUGAUAUCAGCCGCUGCAACACUUAAUUCUACAAACAAUCUACUCAAUGUAGAAACCGAUGAAGUCCAAACAUUUCUGAGUGCAAUUAUCACCAACCAACUAACAUGUUUGGAUGGUGUCCGAUCGACAGCGGCCGCUUGGAGUAUCAAGAACAGCCUCUACACCCCUCUUUCCAAUGAUACCAGGCUGUUCAGUGUCUCACUGGCACUCUUCACACGUGCUUGGGUCCAAAAGAGGAAGAGAGCACGGCCCCAUCCGCCUCCUGGCCGGAAACUGUUGUUCUUGGAUGUUGAGAUUGGGAGAGAUGGGAGGUUGCCUUUGAGAAUGUCGAACUCAAAUCGCAAAAUCUUUGAAAUGAGAAGCGGGGGUAGGCUUCUUCAGUUGUUGGAUGAUAGUGUCUUAGUAAGUGAGAUUGUGGUUGUGAGUAAAGACGGGACUGGAAACUUCACGGCCAUCAAUGAUGCAGUUGCUGCUGCGACUAUCAAUACUGAUAUUACCGAUGGAUACUUUCUGAUUUAUGUUGUAGAAGGGGAGUAUGAAGAGUACGUAACUAUUGCCAAGAACAAGAAGAAUUUGAUGAUGAUUGGAGAUGGGAUCAACCGAACGGUGAUCACGGGAAAUCACAGCUUCAUCGAUGGGUGGACCACUUUCAAUUCAGCAACCUUCGCUGUAGUCGGCCAAGGAUUUGUCGCGAUCGACAUAACUUUCCGCAACACCGCCGGAGCAAUCAAACACCAGGCCGUCGCAGUUCGGAAUGGUGCCGACCUAUCAGCAUUCUACAGCUGCAGCUUUGAAGGUUAUCAAGACACCUUAUAUACACAUUCCCUCAGGCAAUUCUACAGAGAAUGCGACAUCUACGGCACCAUCGAUUUUAUAUUUGGAAAUGCUGCCGUUGUCUUCCAAAACUGCAAUCUCUAUGCAAGGUUGCCGCUCGCAAGCCAGGCCAAUGUGAUCACAGCCCAAGGUCGAACGGACCCAAAUCAGAAUACAGGCACUUCAAUUCACAACUGUAGGAUCAUGGCCAGCUCUGAUCUAGCAUCCAGCAGUGGACCCACCAAAACAUACCUUGGAAGGCCAUGGAAGCAAUACUCAAGAACUGUGUAUAUGCAGUCUUUCAUGGAUGCCUUGAUCGAUCCGACCGGAUGGCAGCCAUGGGACCAUGACUUUGCUUUGAGUACGCUCUACUACGCCGAGUAUAACAACACGGGUCCCGGAUCUGGAACCAGUAAUAGGGUAGAUUGGCUCGGGUAUCAUGUGAUCAAUGGCUCUGAUGCGAGGAAUUUCACCGUAUCAAACUUCAUAUUGGGGGAUAGCUGGUUAACUCUGACGGGCGUUCCAUACCUUGGUGGCUUGCUAUGA